AAUUGGAAAGGUGAGAGGUAGCAAGGAAGAGGAGGGGGACGGCAGGAAAAAAAAGAUGUCUUCUUCUUCUGCUUUGGGCCCCCGAGGCCCUCGCCCACCCACAGUGCCUCCCCCUAUGCAAGAGCUGCCCGACCUGAGCCACCUGACCGAAGAGGAGAGGAACAUUAUCAUGGCAGUGAUGGACCGGCAGAAGGAAGAAGAAGAGAAAGAAGAGGCCAUGCUCAAGUGUGUUGUCAGGGACAUGGCGAAACCUGCAGCCUGCAAAACACCAAGGAAUGCUGAAAACCAGUCCCACCAACCUUCACCUAUUAAUAUUUUUGAUUGUGUUUGCAUCCCCAAGAUUUAAGGGGGAAAAGCAGGAGGGAAGGAAAGAGACUGGAGAUUGCAUCAACAAUUUGAAAGCUAUAAAGAACAAGUGAGGAAAAUUGGAGAAGAAGCCCGACGCUACCAAGGAGAGCACAAAGAUGAUGCCCCUACUUGUGGCAUUUGUCUGAAAACGAAGUUUGCUGAUGGUUGUGGCCAUUUAUGUUCUUACUGCCGGACCAAGUUCUGUGCCAGAUGUGGAGGCCGAGUUUCUCUGCGGUCAAACAAUGAGGACAAAGUGGUUAUGUGGGUAUGCAAUUUAUGUCGAAAGCAACAAGAAAUCUUAACCAAGUCUGGAGCUUGGUUUUUUGGGAGUGGACCUCAGCCACCAAGUCAAGACGGGACACUCAGUGACACAGCUACGGGUGCAGGCUCCGAGGUGCCUAGAGAAAAGAAAGCCAGGCUACAGGAAAGAUCAAGGUCUCAGACCCCCUUAAGCACAGCAGCAGCUUCCCAGGAAAGCACACCUUCAGGGGUCCCAUCAGAGAGAAGCAAAGGAACAGAAUUGUCCCAGAAAGCCAUGGGUCUGGAACAGAAACAGGUUUCAUCCAGAUCCAGAAGUGAACCCCCUCGAGAAAGGAAGAAGACUUCAGUGGCCGGCGAGCAGAAUGGUAAAGUCGGGCUGAAAAGUGAGCGUAAACGUGUGCCAAAAUCCUCUCUCCAAGGGGAGGGGCUUGUGGAGGAGAGGGACCGGAAAGAAAGGCGGGAAGGCAGAAGGCUGGAGAAGGUCCGGUCACAAGAUUUGCCAGAAAAGCGCGAGGAGGGCAAAGGAGUGGAGGAUGAGAAACAAAGAAAAGAAGAAGACUAUCAGACUCGAUACCGAAGUGACCCUAAUCUGGCAAGGUAUCCAGUCAAGCCUCACCCAGAGGAACAGCAGAUGCGCAUGCAUGCCAAAGUCUCUAAAGCCCGCCAUGAAAGGAGACAUAGUGAUGUGUCUUUGCCCCACACAGAAAUGGAAGAAUCAGAGGUGCCCGAGAACAAGUUGGGAAAACGGGCUCAACCCCCUGGAACUCAGGAUCGGAAAUCCCUUUUGGAAACUCAGAGGUCAUAUUCCAUAGAAAGAACGGGUGAUGUAAGAAUAUCUGUUUCUAAACAAUUAACUAACCAUAGCCCACCAGCUCCCAGGCAUGGCCCUGUUCCUACAGAACACCUAGAGUCCAAGAGCCAAGAUUCUUUCAAAAAGCAGAGUCGCCUGGAUCCUAGCUCCGCUAUUCUUAUCCGGAAAGCAAAGAGGGAGAAAAUGGAAACUAUGCUGAGGAAUGACUCCUUGAGCUCUGACCAGUCUGAGUCAGUACGGCCAUCUCCACCAAAGCCCCAUAGAUCCAAGAGAGGGGGGAAGAAGAGACAGAUGUCUGUCAGUAGUUCUGAGGAGGAAGGUGCCUCCACACCUGAGUACACCAGCUGUGAAGAUGUGGAAAUCGAAAGUGAAAGCGUCAGUGAAAAGGGUAAGUGA